AUGGGGGGGAUUUUUCCCCCUCACACGCCGUCGCUUCGCUCCACAAAUGAAACGAUCCUCUGUAUUGUUAAUAGUGGCCACGUUUUCAGGUGCGCUCGGCUGCUAAAGCCGGCUAGCGACAUGCCAAUGAUUUCCAUCUCCGCUAACGACUAAGCUAGCUUAGCCACGACAGUCGUGUCCGUCUCGCGCGUCGCAUAUCGUUAGUGAAUAUUUUUCUUUCUUUCUUUGUAGAAUAAAGAUGAACGUCUCUGUAUGAAUAAUCCCUAUGAAAUGAAUCGUGCAUUCAUGAGCCACAAGCUGUUUCCUCUCCGAGCCCGGAUUGUGUCAAAAUGUAGUUGAAGCUGCCAGCAUCAUUUCUCGUGAAGGCGCAGGAAGGAGCAGGUGCUCGGAGGCAGGCGCUCAGCCUGGAAGCUCAUCCUGGAAGCUCAAUUCCUCGCAAACUGAAGUGAAAUGAUGCUCCACAGGCGCCAUGCAAACCCCAGAGGCUGGCACUGACUCCUCGUCCACAGUGCCCCUCCAGACCAGCGUGCCUGUGCAGCCUGCUGUUACCACCCAGCAGGUGCCCUCUCAGGUGCCCGUCCAGCAGGCACAGACUGUUCAACAGGUGCAGCAUGUGUACCCGACCCAAGUCCAGUAUGUGGAGGAGAACAGCGGCGUCUACACCAACGGUACCAUACGCACCUACUCGUACUCAGAGCCACAGCUGUACAGUCAGAACAGCAGUGGGAGCUACUUUGACACACAGGGUGCCACGCCCCAGGUGAGCACGGUGGUGACAACACACAGCUUGGCCAACAACGGCAGCACUAACGGCGGGCUGGCAAUGGGCCUCACGGGUGGUCAGAUCAUCAGCAGCUCAGGAGCUUACUUGAUCGGGGCCAACGCCAUGGAUGGCUCUGCCUCUCAUACCACAGCGCAGACCACCAGGGCCUCUCCUGCUACGAUUCAAAUGGCGAUUGAGACGCUCCAAAAGUCUGAGGGUUUGUCCAGUCAGAGAAGUUCACUGCUCAACAGCCACUUGCAAUGGCUUCUGGAUAACUAUGAGACAGCAGAGGGGGUGAGUCUGCCUCGCUCUACACUCUACAGCCACUACCUGCGCCACUGCCAGGAGCAGAAGCUCGAUCCGGUCAAUGCUGCAUCGUUUGGGAAACUCAUUCGCUCCAUUUUCAUGGGCCUGCGCACACGCCGCCUCGGAACCAGAGGGAACUCCAAAUAUCAUUAUUAUGGGAUCCGCCUGAAACCAGACUCGCCUCUUAACCGGCUGCAGGAGGAUAUGCAGUACAUGGCACUGCGGCAGCAGCCUGUACAUCAGAAACAGAGGUUUAAGUCUGUGCCAAAGGCUGAUGGUUUUAUAGGCGACAACUACUCGAGCAGCGGGCAUCACAAUCCCAAUGCUGCAGAGCAGACUGUCCUCGCACAGAGCCAGCACCACCAGCAGUUCCUGGACGCAUCAAGGGCCAUCCCUGAGUUUGUAGAACUCGAUCUUGGAGAGAACGGAGUAGAUGGUAUCAGCAUGGAGGACAUUAAAGCUCUUCAGAUAUUAUACAGAGAACACUGUGAGGCCAUCUUAGACGUGGUGGUAAACCUCCAGUUUAGCUUGAUAGAGAAGCUGUGGCAGACGUUCUGGCGCUAUUGCCCUUCCAACUCAAUAGAGGGCAUCACCAUGACAGAAAACAGUGGGAUGAGUGAGAUCGAGGGGCGUCUGCCACGUGCCAGGCUGUUGCUGUUAUGCCAGAGUGAGGCUGUGCUCAAGUGGAUGAACACCUGCGAUCACCUGAUGUACCAGGCUCUAGUAGAGAUCCUCAUCCCUGAUGUCCUCAGACCCAUUCCUAGUGCCUUGACUCAAGCCAUCCGUAACUUUGCCAAAAGCCUUGAGGGCUGGCUCGCCAAUGCCAUGAGCACCAUUCCACAGAAGAUGGUCCAGACCAAGGUAUCCGCUGUUAGUGCCUUUGCGCAGACGCUGCGCCGAUACACGUCUCUGAACCACUUGGCUCAGGCAGCACGUGCUGUGUUGCAAAACACCUCACAGAUCAACCAGAUGCUCAGUGACCUGAACCGCGUGGACUUCGCCAACGUGCAGGAGCAGGCAUCAUGGGUCUGCCAGUGUGAGGAGGGCAUGGUGCAGCGACUCGAGCAGGACUUUAAGGCUACGCUGCAGCAGCAGAGCUCCUUGGAGCAGUGGGCCGCCUGGCUGGACAAUGUGGUCAGUCAAGUCCUCAAGCCAUAUGAGGACAGGCCGAGUUUUCCCAAAGCAGCCCGCCUGUUCCUGCUCAAGUGGUCAUUUUACAGCUCAAUGGUGAUCAGAGACUUGACCCUGCGCAGUGCUGCCAGCUUCGGCUCCUUCCACCUGAUCCGGCUGCUCUACGACGAGUACAUGUUCUACCUGGUGGAGCACCGCGUUGCCCAGGCAACUGGAGAGACUCCCAUUGGGGUUAUGGGAGAAUUUGAUGACCUAAAUACCAUGUCGCCCACUAACAUCGAUAAAGAUGAAAUAAGUGAGAUGGACAGCGAGCUGGAUGAAGAGAUGCAGGAGGCAGGAGAACAGCUAACCAAGCAAGAAAAAGCAGAGGCUGAGGUGAUUCAGGUGUUGCAGGUGGGCACUAUGGAAGAUGGAAGCAGCGCCGUGGUUGGCGUGGUGCAGUCGGACAUGCUUGGUACAAUGGCAGUGCAGCAGCAGUCGACCAUCCGUCACUGCAGCGGAGCCGGAAACACCUAUGCCUCAGUGUGACACUUUCACCAGCUCUCGACAUUUUUUUCCCCCUAUCCAUUCAUAUGGUGAAUCCAUUCUUGGUUCUAAUCAUUUCCAUCCCAUCCUUCUCUUGUCAACAUGAAACAUUUUCUUAUGUUCAGCAGGGUCUGAUCACAAUACAUCAGCAGAUGCUUCAGUCAUGCACUGCCAUUUUAUGAAUUUAAUUUAUGUGAUCAGUCUGUUUAAUUCAGAGCAACCCUUGAAGCAGAGAAGAUGCUCAAUGUUAGUCCCUACAUCAUAAAGAAUCUUUUUUUUUUUUUUUCAAUGACGAACACAAUCCAAGCCAGUAGCUCCACAAGAAGAAAAAAAAAACACUGAAUCUUAACAUAUUUGUACUGUUGGUCACUGUUUACUUUUUUUUUUUUUUUUUUUCUAUGUGGCUUUGUGUCAGAGUUGAAAAUCUUGCUGUGUAUUGUGCUGCUAUGACCUCAAGCGAGCUGUCCAGAAAUGUCCAGCCUCCUCCUUGAGCCGUUCACCUUGCCUUCUGUUUGAAUCAGUCUCUUGAUCUGGUCUUAGGAGAGGAUUUGUUUCACAUCCUCUACGUAUCCUGGUGAGCAUUACCAGUCCCCCCCCGCCCCAAGUAAUGGACCAAAAGAAAAAAGUUUUGGAAGUGUUGAUAUUGGCUAUUCCAGGCUGUCGUACAGCUUCAUAUCCUCCCUCUUACCUGUGCCGUGUUGUAAAACUGAGCUAACGUCAGGGAUUUAAUGUACCUCGGGUUCAUGCUAGUGCCUUAACCCAGCAACAGCUUUUCCGUUACGCCGGAGCCACCUGCGUCGCACUGAGGGAGGCUGUUUCUUUUCUUCUAAGACGCUUGCUGCAAAUAGUCACUGCUAGAUAUCUAAUACCUGAUCUCUGCAACUUGGCUCGUGGCUGGAUUUGUAGUCAGUCAUCAACAUAAAUUUAAGUUGUUGAUUUGAUUGUUUAGUAUGGGAUUUGUGUGUGUCUGUCUUAAGUCGUUUGUGUAACAGUCGCCCUACCUCACACCAGUGGUGCCAGCCGUUGGACGAACGCCCCACAAGUUUUGAUGUGCGUUACGUCGUACUGUUUAAUCUCAUCCAUUCAUCAGUCAUUCCCUUUGUUACACACUGGAUAUCUGUACAGGGGACCAAAACUUGCCAUUUGCUAUGAUCUAUACAAAUAAAUUAUAUAAAUAUAUAUUUAAAGGUUUAAGUAUAUAUAGGAUAAAUCUGUUAUUUUUUUGUGUUGUAAAGCUGAUUCUGAGCAGGUGGUGUUGCUUUUGUAGCGCUCUAUUUUGACUGGUCGAUCAGUGCACUGUUAAGGUACUAUGCUCAUCAACAGGAGAUUUUGAUAUACGUCAUACAGAGAUUUGUGUGUGUGUGUGUGUGUGUGUGUGUAGGGGGGGGCGUCCAGUUCAUCUACCAGAUGAUUUUAUAUAUAUAAAUAUAUUUAAAACUGGAAACUAGUCUGUGUAGCAGGAGUCCAGUAAAAGGCGCAGGCUAUAUCAUGUACUGCUUUGUUUAUUAUAAUUCCUGUUGUAUUUGGACUUAUUGAUUGUUAAGAAAAGAAAAAAAAAUCAGUCUUUAACUACUGUUAAUUCUUUCAUUUCAAUUUUACUUUUUAAAUAUUUUUUAUUAACACAUUAAGUAUUUGUCUGCAGACAUGCAUACAGCAUAUUUUCACAUUUGUUUCAGACUUUUGUAUAGGGAGGUAAAGUAUCACGGUCUUGUGUAGAGUAAUUCAUGAAUUUUCUCUCAAAGUAACUAAAGCAUGAGUCCCCCCCCCCCCCCCUUUUUUCAACUCCUGAGUGCAAUCUAUAAAAUGAAAUAUGAAAGAAAAAGUCACCUUGUAUACAGCAAUGAUCUGACCAAAACUAAGGCAGCUGACAGGAAAUACAGAGCUGGUGAUAUUAAAUUGUGUAAUCUUUUGCUACUUUUCCCCACUGAUCAUGUUUUAAUUUAAUUCCUGUGUUAAGGCGUUUUUUAUUGUAUCCUCUUGUGCCUGGAGUGAGGAGCUUUCAGCCAGCAGUUAGUAAAAAGAAAAGUGCUUUUGGUCUUGCAUGCUUUUGUUGUGCUGCUACAAUGUCAAGAUUUUACAGGUUUUUUUAAUAUAUCUAUAUUCUGUUGCACAGUAAUCUGUGCUUUUUUUUUGCCUCUUUUUUUGCCAUAUUAACAAGCCUACUGUUCCUGUUUAACUCGCCUUGAAAUUUAUUUAUACAACCCCGAACACCCUACCCUCACUUUGUCGUACUGAAGUUGGCCUUGCUAGAUUUGAUGGCUAUGUCCCAAUUCACAUUUAUCUUUUAAUAUUUUAAAAACUAACAGGAACUAGUUUAAAAAAUUUGGAAAAUUUUUAAAGCAACAUGGUUUGUAUCUAAUAGUAGCUGUACCUGAAAACAAGAUAGAGAGCCAACAUUAGCUGUAUAGUCAAGUGUGCAGUUUGAUAACAGCCAUUUAAGAUUAAAAUGAGCCACAUCCCACAUUGCAUAUCACUAGACAGUUAGGGCCCCAAAGAUUGAUUAAUUUAUACCAAUCAAAUUCUUUGUGUUCAGAAAGAAAGUUCCAACUAAGUAAAAAAAUAUAUUUUUGAAACUAAAAGUCCAGCAAUCAUGGACCACAGAAAUGCCUUUAAUUAUUGUGAUUUUUGUCCAUCCCUGAUUAAAAUACAAUAUGCUGUUUGGGAAGUAGCUGUACUAAACAGUGCAUUUUUUUUUUUCAAUGAAUGUUAAAUUUGUUUUAGAUACACACUGUUCAGCACCAAUGUGCUUUUUUUUUUUUUUGUAAAUUUGUUUUUGGAGAUAGCCGACCUUAACUGAUGCGAGUUUCGUGCCACUUAUAGGCUGCAAAAAAAAAAUGUGACGAACAUAUCAAAACCCCUAAGCUGGAGUAAACAGGAAAAGGCUCCUCUAGUUCUAGCAAGGCAGCUUCAUUUGUAAAGAGACUUCUGUGCCUUCAAUCUCACCAAGACCUCCAGGAGCAGACGACGUUUGCUUACUUCUGCAAUUCUAACUAUAGGAGCAGAACAGCUGAGUUUAUGCUGGAUGCUCUACUACAAGGUCUAUUCUUGGUGUGAUUCAGGUGUCCCUACCGUCCAACAUCCCUCACAUCACAAUCAACUCGCACCUACCACAGAUAUGCACACGCACAUUUAGAGGCACAGCCAUAACUUCAUCCCACUAUGGUGGUGACUGAUUACUGUAUUCAUUUCGAAAAAUUGGAAACUCUUUCUAUUCUGCCACUAUGACCGCUGCACUAUCCCAGUCAUCACUACAUUCUUUUUUUUCUUUUGAUUAUUUUAUAGCAUGGUGGUCAUUUUUCAUUUCUUUAUGUUUUGGGAAUAUUUUAAGUGCCAUUUGACAGUUUACGUAGUGUGCGCGUGGCCUGCUGUAGCGCCUUCUAAUGCAAGCACAAGCGUUGUGGUACUCCUGAGCACUUCGGCUCGGAAAAGCAGUCGUAGUUGUAAAUAUUGAGCUAAAACGGAUGGUUAUUUAUUUACUUGCCCUUUCUUUAACCACUAUAGUGUACAUUGUGAUUCUUUUCUGCCCCUUUACUCUUUUUUUGAAAAUGUAUUGUACUUUACAGAUGUGUGUGUGUGUGUGUGUGUGUGUGUGUGUGAGGGAAGGGGUGUUUUGUUUUGUGUUCCAAUUUCUCUUAGUAAUUUAUAUUCUUGGGAAAAUUGCUAAGUGCUAACCACUAUGUGUAGAGUGAUUUGUAUUGUGUAUUUUUCAUGAUGGAUGACAAAACUGGGGAACUUUUAUAUUUAUAAAAGCAUAUUAACAUUUAGUGUGUCGUAUACAAGGAAAAAAAAUAGAAGAAAUAUCCAAGACACAUGUAGUUUGGUUUUUCUGAAUAUUUCAGACUUGAGCUCAGGCUAGCUUCUUUAGUGUUGUUUACUUACUUGUGGCUUGUCUUUCAAUUAAUAAACUUUUCCUUGUUGAAAAA